CGGCGUGCCCAUGGUGGGACCCACCGAUCUGUUCAACUGCAACUUCUCCAAGAACGAUGUGAUGCUGAGCGCUGUAGUCAUGACUUACUGGACCAACUUCGCCAAGACUGGUGAUCCAAACCAGCCGGUUCCUCAAGACACCAAGUUUAUCCACACGAAACCUAACCGCUUUGAAGAAGUGGCCUGGUCUAAGUACACCCCUAAAGAGCAGCUGUACCUCCACAUCGGCCUCAAGCCUCGUGUCAGAGACCACUACCGGGCCACCAAAAUCUCCUUCUGGCUCCAGCUGGUGCCUCACUUGCAUCAUGUCAAUGAGCUCCUCCAGUCGGUGUCCUCCUUCACACACAGUCCCUCUCCACAGGACGACACCCCUUAUUCUUACACCAAGCGCCUGUCCAAAGGUUGGCCUCCAAGCAGCACUCGUCACCCGGGCUCACAAGGAGGGACACCACAGCCUCCGGAGUCUGCUUUAGGCCAAGGUGGAGAGGAAAACGGGGUCCACGUCCCUAAUGAGGACUACUCCACUGAACUCUCUGUGACGAUUGCUGUGGGAGCGUCACUGUUGUUUCUUAACAUCCUCGCGUUCGCGGCUCUGCUCUACAAGAAAGACAAGAGGCGUCUGGAGCAUCGUAGGCCACGUCCACUUCCUCCCCCGAGACGAGAUAUCACACCUGCAGAUGUCGCCGCCCACCUACAGGGAGAAGGGCUGAUGUCAUUACAGGUGAAGCAGCUGGAGUGUGAUGCAGCAUCAGCAGAUGAAAGGAACAACACUCACCACCAUCACACUCUGGAUACGCUGGACGCUCUGGACGGCCUGGACACCCAGGACAUCUACAGCACACUGGACACCGUGCGCCUCACCUGCCCACCCGAUUACACCCUCACCUUGCGCCGCUCACCCGAUGACGUCCCACUCAUGACGUCCCUGACCCCAGGAUCACUGCCUGUGACCCCUGGAUCACACCCUGUUACCCCAGCAACGCCAAUGACCCCCAUGACACCCGGAUCAGUGGUGGGCAUGAGGAUGGGGCACCCUCACCAGGGAUACACACACCAUAGCCCAUAUAGUAAUACACACUUGCCACACACACACAUCUCCACGCACACACACUCCACCACGCGUGUAUAACCGCAGCAAGAUACUCGCACAUACAGGGACAUAAUUAGAAACACACACUCAUACUAACACACACACAACACACCCACACACACCCACACACACACACACACACACACACACACACGCACACACACACACACACAAAAAACACAUAAAACUAAAGACUUAAAUACCUCUACUAAUUGCCCUGCAGGAUUGUUACAGAUGGAGUGACAGACAGACAUUUUCAGUAACAGGAUGAAAAGACAGACAGCUGUGUGUUGCAUGUCGGGGGAACUGAAGACAGACUGGAUCCCAGGAGAUGCAGUUCUAUGCAUCACUCGCUCAUAACCUGGAACUUGUCGAGCCAAGACAUCCAUCAAAUGUCUCCAAACCCGCUUUGGAUAUUAAAUCUUCUGCUUUUUCUACACCUGAGGAGGAAGAGGAGCACUGUGGCAAAAGGGUCAGUCAUGGAUCAGUUUACAUCUCCUACUGUACCUGUGCUGCACAGUGAAGCAGUGCCAGGAACUGAGCAGAGCAGAGCGCAGAUGCAGAACUGAGCUAAGAAGUACCACACACAGACUGCUGAUGUCAACUUGAACAACCUGUGAAAUGUGAAUGUAGCAUUUUUUUUUCCAUUAAAAGAUCAAAGGCCCUAUCUGCCAAGGAUCAAACUAAGCUGAGGAGAAAAAUAACACAUUUCAGCGAGAGAUGGAUGUAAAAACAGACAGGGAGGAAGAGGGGGAUUUAAAAAAAAAAAAAAAAGGAAAAAAAAAAAACCAACAUUAGCUGAAGGAAAAGUUAGCGAGAUGGUGGGAAAGAGAUUAAGAUUUCAUUGAGAGGGAUUUAACAGCUGUGAGAGCGAGACAGGCGAAGUGAGAUAUGGAGUGAUAUGGAAAACACAGGAAUGGAAAGUGUGCCAAGAGACAGGAAUUAGCUUCAGAAGAAGAAAGGGCCUCUGAAGAGUUGCCAGACUUACUGAAGAAUCACUCUAACCAGCUAUGUGUUAAACUCUUGUAAAUAGAAUGGAAAGAUACAGAUGAUAUAUUAUGAUUUAUAGCAUUUACCUGCUCUUGCAUUAAAACAUGACUUAUUUAACCACAUUAUUGCUUUCAUUUCAGAUAUUACUAUAUUAUUGUAUAGAUGUCCUGAAGCAAGGCUGGUUGUCUUUCUAUCUCACCCACUGUAGUAUGUACACAGUACCUUUAUUUAAAGGCUAUAUUUGCUAUGCACAGCCAUUUCAAUAAUUCUUAACUAUGUAAGCAUCCAGAUACUUGUUUAGUAGUUGAAGUAUAAGGCAUUUUUCACACCAUCCUGUCUAUUUGUUUGACCAUCGGAUGAGGAGCUAGUACUGUGUAGAUAAUGCAAUAUUGGUUUGAUGAUUGAGCACCAGCCAAAAACCAUGAUCUUUAACCCUUUGUAUCUAAUCCCUUCCUGUCGCCCCCCCCCCCCCCCCCCACCCCUGCACUGUUCCUAAAAUUCUUCUUAAAGGCCUUACCCUUAAUUCCUAAUAACCCCAACCUUAGUUAAUGUCUCCGCAUGACAGACAUGUGGUGAUGAUUCAGGGGGUCCCAAGUCACAGCUUGUCCCAAAAAGUGAUGAUCUGAUCUUUACACCUCACCAGAGGCCCCACUAUGUCUAGAGGAGCCUCUGCUCGAACUACCUAAUGGUGACUGAAACCUUGCCCCUCUCAAAGCCACCGACUGAAAGAAAUUAGCCAAGUUGUAUUUAAUCUAUGUCACUUUCUCUAAAACAAAGAAUUGUUGCAGGUUAACAUCUCUCCUCAGUGUUAGCCAUCGUCUAUAGAUAAAUGUGGAUCUCUCAACCACAUUUUAGAGCCCGCAGUUUGCUUUACUACCUGCCACCAUGUUGCCAAUUGUUUGGAGCCAAAUUUUGAUGAAUGAGAUGGAGCCUGGGUAUAGCUGAGCAGGGACUUUGUGUGAUAGUGAGAGACUUGACAUCGAAGGCAAAUAUGCCUCUAAACAUACCGCUUUUUAAGCCUUAAUAUCCUUUUAAUGGAGCAUUCGUUUUUUUUUUAAUUUCCACUAAGACACACUUCAAAAGAUGUGACAUUAAUUAUGAAAACACCAAACCCACAUCUUGUGGUAAUAAUGAUUCUUAUUUCAGAGGGACAUUUUCCUGCUGACUUAAGUACAGUGAGUGCUUGAAGGCUAUGGUGGUUACUGCUUUGUGUGACUAUAAAAACAUACCCAGCACUCAUUUAAUCCAAACAUCUCAUAUUAAUAAGUCAUGUAGGAGAGAGUGACAUGGCAGCCACUUAAAAUGACAAAUGGUCAAACUCUGUCUGUUUGGUUGCAACUAAGCUAAAAACGUUGCCUAUGUACCAACCAACCCCAAAGUCCCAUACGUUGAUCCUGACCAGUAACUCAACCAAAGGCCCUAACUCUGAUAUUGUAACUUUCCUGUUUUGUCCUCCUCUUCUUUUUCCUUCCUUACCUGAACCCGUGUCCCCUCCAAACCCGACCUUCCCCUCUCCCAGCCUCAUCUGUGCGACUACAUGCAGCUUUGUCACAGUGAGGCCUAUUUAACCUCCUCUCAUCCUAAGUAACUUCUUCAUGAGAGAUUUUAGUUAAAUGUCAACAGAAUACAUGAAAAAUGAAAGCUGAAAAAUUUGUGGAUGGCAAGCAAAGAACUUUUACAAAAUGAUAUAAAAGUAACAUUUAACGGAUGUUUGAUUGACAAAAUAUUUUUUUCAUAUGGGUUUAUUGACUCAGCGGAUGGCUGGAUUGUGUCAAGCAUAAAACAUUUCUGCUGCAUUUUUGAAAAAUAAAAAUAUCAGUAUUUUACAAUUUA